GGCCAUCAUCAGACUCACGCUUUAUUGGAACAAUGGCGCAGACAGGUACCUACCGCGAAGAAUUAGAAAAUGAGCUUAAACAAACAGACCCGAGUUCUCAUGCAAACAGAUUAGUCGCACAAGGUAUUUCUAAUUAUAUGCAGAUUCAUAUAAUGUUUAAAUGAACUUAAGGUUCUGAUUAUCUUUUUAUUUGUGGUCUAAAUCAAUUGCACGAUUAACGCUCCACAUGACUCGAGCAACGCUAAACUAUAAACGGUAGUCUUUAGCACCGUAGUAAACGGCAUGCAAGAAGUAUCAUGCGCGGUACAUAAGUGAACCCUUGAUGUAAAUUGUAAAGUAUAUUUAAGUAUGUAUAAUGCAGUGAAACAUGUAAAUAACGAUCCAGUACUAUCUCUGUCCCUGAUAAAUGCCCUCCUACCCCACCACCUUUUUUUCCAUUGAUAGGAAUAAUAAUAUGAUUUAAAUAAAUUAGGUAUCAUAUAUAAUAUAUUCUUUUUUCAUAAUGUCAUAAUAAUAAUGUAUUAAAAAACCCUCAAAAUAGUCUAAAUCUUGGGUAAAGGUGGAAUGACAGGGUGGCGUCAUGUACAUUAGUGUGUGCUGUAUUUAAAUUAAGGUGGUCCAUGGGUCAUACAUUAUUUUUGUUUCUUAAUUUUUUUUUCUUUUAGUACAUACUAACUAUCUAUAGUCUAUACUAGAUACUUUGGUAAAAAAUUUAAACAUUUUGUAAAAAUAAACCAAUGGCACAGUUGAAUAGAGCUAAUUUUUUACAGAAUUAUAACAACAAAAUCAUAUUUUUAGCUGUUGUAGUUUUAAAGUUAUGAAUUUUUAAAGUAUGACUUGGUUUGUCCUUUUUUAACAUGGACUGCAUCUCCACAUUCUGUGACCUCAUUCCGCUGAUCGCGUCAUGCGCGAUGACUAUAUAGUUUAUAUAAGGCAACGCAUUCCCUUAUCACUAAAAUACUGUUUAGGAUCGACUUAUUUUAAACUUUCAACUUUGGCACAUGAAUAAUUAAUUAAAGCUUUCCCUGACCAAUGGUUUAAUAGCUUUUGCACACGGCAAACUCUUAUGAAUGAAACUCUGAGAUAGUACUACGAUAUAGCCAUUAUGCAAGUGGCUGGCUGUGAAUGGUUGCCAAUGACAAUGUGUUGCACACGGAAAAUUCUGAUAAUUUAUACGAAGUGUCUACACGUCCGGCGCGCCGGACGUGUAGUGCGCAAGAUACACGUCCGGCGACUUGUCACGUGACCGCCGGACAUGGCCGGACGGCUAGUAGUUUUUAUAAUUCCAAACGAAGUACGAUUUAGUACAUCUUGUCUGGUCUUGUGGUAGAGUGGUUGCAUGACGAUAGGAAUGUUUGAGGAUCUAUACCGGGGAUAGGGUCGUUUUUUUUCUUCCCAUUUUAAUUAAAAUAUUUUGUAUAUAUUUAUAUUAUCAUGUUCCUCUGCAACAGUAGUUUCAUGAGAAGUUUUUAAAUAUUUUGUAGCAAUUGAAAUAAUUUAAAAUGAAAUCUUUAACUUUUAUUGGUUGCCACACUGGCCCCUAAUUUAUUUUAUGGAUUACUGGUACACAAAAAAUAACAAACUAAACAAAAAUGUUUACAAGCCACUUUCACUUAAGUUUCUUUUUCUAUUAUUUGCAUUCAAGAUACUCAGUACAUUACUUGGUAGAGAAAUAGAUUUUAAAAUUAACAAUAGUUUUGAAUUAUUCGCAGUCACGUGACAAGGCUGACCGACACGAUAUCUCUCGCCACUUUGUUACGGCGGUCAUGUGACUUGGUCGCCGGACACAUAGUGCGGGAGAUAGACGUCCGGCGCGCCGGACGUGUAGACACUGCCUAAUUUAUAAUAUGGACUCUACAGAGUUUUUAAAGCUCAAAUUAAAACAUUCCAGUUUAAAUGUCCUCAAAAUGCAUUUUGAAACACAAAAUAUAAAAUAUUUUGAUGUAAAUAUUUUGAUGUAUAUAGUGGUAAUAAUUAAAUAUUUCCUAAGUAUCGGCAACUUCCGCCAUUAAAAAGGGGGCGUGGCCCACGCCAUGUCGAAAUUAGGCAGAGCCACCUUAUGGUGAUAUGGGUCACUGUGACAAGCGUUACAAACUUGAGACACGACCUACAUCAAUGAAACUUGGCACAGAUAUAGAUCAAUAUCUAAUGCUCAUACAGAUUUUUAAUCAAAAAAUUUUGUAUGCGAAGAUGCUUUAUAUAUACCAAAGAUUUUCAAAAUACAGGUGAUUGAAAAAAGCAAAAUAGCUGGCUAGAAAUGUAGGUCAAGAUGUCUUCCAAAUUAUAAGGCCGGAAACGGAACUCAAAUAUAUGUGGAAAGAACUAAUUUCAUAAUAAAUAGACAAUCGAAAAAUUAAAUACUCGGAUUUUUCGGCGCCGAUGCCCAUUUCCGAUAAUAAAAAAAAAUAGUAGUCUCCCUUGUUUCAUCGGAGUAUCUAGUCUAUACACUAUAGUAAUAAGGGAUAAAAAAAAAAACAUAAAUUUAUUUUGAAUUUUUUAUAUUUUUUUUAGACUUUCAUUGCAAAAAAAGUUAGAGGUUUUGCAAUAUCACAAUGAAACUUUUCACACUGAUAAAUAAUAACAUUGUUAAAACACUAAUAAUAAAGAGCUUAUUCAAUUCUGCAUUAUAAUAAAUUAAAAUUAUUUUUAAUUAUUAUAAUGAUUGGGAGAGAUACAAAUCACAUCUUUGUGGAGUAACAUACGAAUUUGACAAUUUUUGUAGGGUAACCUAUUUAUAAAAAAAUAAUUUUAAAAAUUCUGUUGGAUAGAUAUAAAAUAUGUUAAUGACAGAUAGAGAAUAUCAAUGGAAAGAAGCAUGCAAAGGUUGAAGUCUGUGGCUAUAAAACUUUUUCUACUGAUACUUUUGGCAUUUCUAAAAUUUCUGAAAAAAUGCAAAGUUGAGAAAAAUGAAAAAGAAGUUAAAAAAAAUUAAUUUUUUUAAAAUACAGGCUGCAUAAACAAUAAAUAGGAUGGAUACGCUAUGGACAUAUAUAGGUACUUUAAAACUAGUCGACGCACCGAUCUGUGCAUGUCCAAAAAUGUCGAAAAAACUUAUUCUACAAUAUGGCAUAUACCAUUCAUGAAUUAAAAACAAUUCAAAAAACAGAACAGAUAGAGAAUAAAAUGACACUUUCAUUCAAACACCACCCCACGAGCCUAAUAAAUAAAAUAUACUAAUAAAAAAUUCUGAACUAUUUUCCUAAGAGAUAUUUGUUAAGUUACUUAAAAACAAAUGCCUUAAUUUUUUUAUGCUUUUUGGGUUAGUGCCACUUUAACAGUUUCGGGAUAUUGAUAAUAAUUUUUUUUUCCCCACAGAGAUAGACAGAUUAACUAAAGGUGAAGAUGACAAGAAAGACAGACCCCAGGUUACAAUGUAUGAGCUGCAUACUGAGCGAAAUCAGAAAUUGUCGCUCAAAAUUAGAAUUCCAAUUAAAGAGCAUCCAAGAGUAAGCCCUUAUUCUGUUUAAUGUUUCAUUUUUUAGUCUCUAUUUCUGUGGUUAUUCUCAUUUUGGGAUCCUAUGAGCCCAAAAAACAAUUACACAGUAUAUAAUUAUAACAAAAAUUUAAAAGAUUUGUAUUUUGUAUGUAUACUGGUAUACACAUCCAUUUUUUUUUUUUUUUGCCAUAGACUUUCAAUAGUCAUUACUUGACUUGAUACUGUCUAUGAUGAUUUUUGCAUACACUGUACUAUUUUGAGAUGUCUUUAAUAUUGUAUGUCAUAAGGGUUCCCGCGGCCUCCUGAAAUUCCUAGUUUGAGUAUCGUAGUCAUUGUUAUUGUAUUUAUCAUUUGGUAUCGUCUUUUGUUGUGUGCUGUUUUAGAAGGAACCAUCCAUAAAUUAAGAGAUUAAUUUCUCCACACUGACAGUAUGUAACAAUGGGACUGGUAAACCUUGAAUGGUAACUCAUCUUGGGCAAACUCUGAAAUCAAACCCAGAUAUGGAGUCCUGUAGGUAUUAUGACAUUGACACGAUGAAAAUUCUGACAAACUUCUUUGACGUAGAACACAUAAAGAGCAGAGUGAAACACACACACUCACUGCUGGUAAUCUACUUCGUCCCGGUCUAUACCAAGUCGCCUUGGCUAGUCUUGCCAUUAAAUCAAAAGGGAAAAGAUGAGAGUGGUUCGGACGAAUUGAGCAACUCUCCUUAAUUUGAAACAAAAUAUAGCUCACGUCAAGGCUUCAUGUGCACAGGACGAACAAUAAUACCAGAAAUAUUGAUAUCAAGUAAAUUUGCAGGACAGUUCUCGGAUGCCAUGAAAAUUAGGGGAGAAUAUAAACAAACAUCAAUCAUCCGAGACUUCCUCUAGUUCAACUUCAGUUUUUUCACCUACCUCAGGUGUUCACUUUUGCAACUUCUUAGUCAAGCUCCCAAGUUAUGUGUAUCUUUGGAAAUAAAUAUUACUUACUUGUGAUUGAAAGGGAUUAUUUUAUUAGUUGUUUGUUGUCAAACAUCAAGUACACCUUAUAAAAACUAAGUUACUCAUUUUUGUGUGAGCUCAGGACCAGAGUAUCUAUACCGAUACAUCCUUUAAAUCGAUUAAAUGCUUUAGCAUUAGGAGUCCUUAGAGUAAGAACCAGCACUAUAUAAGUGCAUUUAUGUCCUGUUACUACAAAAAAUUGUAGAAACAUUCUAUUCUUAAUUCAAAAAAUUUUAUUUUAAGCUUAAUUUUAAGCAUAUUGGAUUAUAAAUGGAAGAUUUGAUUGCAGCUUAACUUCACUCCACUAUAUGCCAGAUGCAAGUAGUUAUUGUCAUUGUAUAUUAUAAAUUAUAGAUACCAUUUUUAUUUACUGUAUUGUAUAAUUUUGAGCUAAAGUUGUAUUUUAUGAGUUUGAGGAUUUUUUAAAGUUGAAACACACAAAUCAAAAGUUAUUUCUACCUAUAAUUAUAUUUAUUACAGUACAAUUUUGUUGGGAAGUUAUUGGGUCCUAAAGGCCAGACCCUAAAAGCACUUCAAGAUCAGACUGGAUGCAAAAUGGCUAUAAUGGGCAAGGGAUCAAUGCGAGAAAAGGAAAAGGUAUGUUUCCAUUAGCAUGUUGAAAAAAUUGUAUAAUUUUUAACAGUUUAUAGAAACAAAUGCAACAUUAAUUUCUAUGGUGCAGUAGUUUUAGACACUGUUAUGGUCAAUUAGUGUGGGUAUCGUUCUUAUUUAAGCACAAUGUUCAUUUAAAUUAGUGCCUUCAUAUUUUUGUUUCGACUUUUAUAGGAAGAAGAACUACGGAAAGAAGGUGGGAAAUAUGCGCACUUAAACGAAGAUCUUCACGUUCUAGUUGAAUGUUUCACAGAUGUCACAGAUGGAUACCACCGUUUAGCAGGAGCUCUAGUGGAGCUUAGGAAAUUUAUCAUUCCUGUAAGAAAUUUUUUCAAGGAUUAAGCAUUUAAAACUACUUAGUAUGAAUUACCUGUUCAGGCCUUUUUUCUUUAUUUUUAUUUAUACUGAGAUGUACAUUUUCAUAUUCUGAGCUUUUUUUUUUUUUUUACUAAAACUAAUAACUAAUAUGUGACUAUCACAUAUUUUUUUUACAAUUUUUACAAUAAAACAAGACUGUUUUUUUUCUUUAUUUUUUUUUAUACUUAGAUGUACUUUUUUAUAUUUUGAGCUUUUUUUUUUUUUUUACUAAAACUAAUAACUAAUAUGUGACUAUCACAUAUUUUUUUUACAAUUUUUACAAUAAAACAAGGCUGUUGUUGUAUUUUAAAACUGUUUAGCUUUGGAGUGAUAAUGCAUUAUUACCCCUGUACUCUCAUAGCUAUACUAUCAUUCUAUAAAGGUCAGUUAACACAACAUGCUUUUUCAUGUGACUGAUUUGUUUUUAUUAUUAUAUUGCAACAUAUUUUUGCCAUAUAUGUUCUUUCGUUUUUUACACACCAAUCUAUAAUCACUUUUAAUUUUAUAUCCUUUAGGAUUUAUCUGAUGAAAUGUAUGGUGGUGGUGAUAUGGGCAUGGAGGAGAUGGGUAUGAAUGGAGGUGGAGCUCCACGUGGUCGUGGUGGAUUUAGAGGUGCACCGCCUGAGAGAGGGUGAGAGAUAAGUUUAAAUUAUCCCUUUGCUAUUAGCAUUUUCACACUUAAAUUUUCAGAUGUGACUUAUUUUCUGUGGUAUUUUGACAAUUUUGUUGACUUCAAUUCCAUUAGUAGAAAAUAUUUUGCAGAAGUACUGGCCACAUUUCUUCCCAUUUUUCAUACAUCUUAUAAAGUUACAACUGGCUCUGUUCAUUAUCCAGUGCUGCAUUUUGGGCACAUUUUAACUUGCAUUUUUUCUUUCUCUUUUUUAAAUUUUUUAAUAAAUGAUUUCAGUAAUUUAAAAGGGAGAAGAAAAAUUUAACCAAAUUUGUUAAUAAACUUAGGGAUUUGGGUUAUACAGAAAAAUGGUGAUUCGCAGAAGUCAAAUUGCACACAGAGCAACUAUUAAGCUUAUUGUUUCAGUUUCCCUUUUCCCAGAUUAUCUAGAGUAUAUUUCAAAAUUUUCAGGGGUAGAGGAGGUUUCAGAGGUCGGGGCAGUGGACCAGCUCCUCCACCAGCUGGAAGGUAUGUUGUAUUACUGUUGAAAUAAGUAAGGUGGGGUGGGGGUACCAGAAAGAAACUGACAUUAAACAGGCACGAUUGUGAUAAUAAAAAUAGCUAAGACAUGAAGGUUGCUGCUUGGCAAAAAGGAAAAACAUUUCUCUAACAUUACUUAAUGUACAUAUCUGAUUCUGAAUACAUGUGCUUGAAGUAGAUUUGUUAGAUUUUAAAAUUUCUAACAGAGAUUGAUUUUAACUCUUUAAUUUUACAGAUUUAAAAAUCAUGUUAAUAAUUAUUAAAAUAUGUUUAUCAAAGGGGUGGCCCACCACCAACUGCAAGAGGAGCCCUGCCUCCAAGAGGGGCCCCUAGGGGAGCAGCUGUAUCAAGGGGUGCACCACCUACAAGAGGUGCCCCAUCUCGUGGUGCUCGUGCAGCCGCUCCUGCUGCAGCAUAUGAUGGAUAUGGUUCUCAGGUUGGUUACUAUUGUUUGUUAACAUGUUAUAACUUCGGAUUAUUCUUGUAUUUUUAGGUUUCUUCUAAAUUUCAUUAUGAUAUAAAGGGUUGGCUGAAUGAGUAAAAGUUUGUUUUUUUUUUUAAUGACUGACUAGUUGACAUUCUGAUUCUCCUAUUUUUGUAUGCAUUUGUUAUCUCUAUAAUUUGAGUCCUUGGAGACUUCGAAUACUGAUGUUCAUGGCUCCCCAAUGCCUUUUCCUGUAAAGCAAAGGAAGUUACAUUUUCUAGUUUUACUCUUAACAGGGAUAUGGUUCAGGCUAUGGUGCCAAUUAUGACACUUCUUAUGAUGAAGGAUAUGGUCAGAGCUACUCAUCUGGGUAAGCAUAAUUAAUUUCAUAGUUUUUUUUACAUAGGGUUGCUCAAGGAUAGUUUGCUAUUUUUAUUCAUCUUUUUUUUUUUUUUUUUUUUUUUUUUUUUUUUUACCCCCUUUUUUUUUUUUUUUUUUUUUUGUUUUUUUUAUUUUUUUUUUUUUUUUUUAUUUCUUUUUUUUUUUUUUUUUCUUUUUUUUUUUUUUAGACCCCAUGAUUCUAUCACUUUUGAAGUGAAGUUUUAGUUUCUAAAGUUUAAAGAAAGUUUAAUAAACCGGCCACCAUUAAAAUGAGUUAUGGUUCGCUAUAUUGAAAACUAGUGUUCUGAUCAAAUAGGUUGGUUUUUCAAAGUGUAUGAAUUAUAGCUCAGUUAUUCGAAAAACUAUUAUAUCUCAUAUUUUCAAACAAAAGCAUCGGGUGUCAUGUAAAUGGUUGAUCUAUUUCUGCAAACAUGAUCAACAAUAUCUGCAGCUAAAAUUUAAAUAGUGUAGCUGGUGCCCAUUUCCAAUAGUGUUUCCGAUAUUCGAAGACCUUUAAUGAAUGCACCGGUACAUGAAAUUUUUCUGUUACCUUAAAGUCUGCUCCAUUUGCCCACACAACUUAACUUGUUUAAAACUUUGCUAUUUUGAUCCCUGGACACACUAUUACAUUGAAAAUGCAAGACCAAAAGUGUUUAUGUCAAAAAUUUUGUCAUCAGUCAUGCAAGGACUAGAAGUUUUAAUUUUUAAUUUUCUGACUAGCAUGGGUUGUGUGGCUUAACAUCCCACGUUGUACAGUUUUGGGUCCAGUUAAAGAUAAAUAUUUACUUUUAGCUAGCUGUUGAAGGUUGAUUGCUUAUGAGAUACUUAUUAUUUUUUAAUCCAUUUUAUUCUCAGACAAGAUGGGGCAUACUAUGAUUAUGGUGGUCCUUCUGCUAAUUCUGCUGCUGCUUAUGAUUCCUAUGGUGGAGCUGGUGGCUAUGGAGAGUAUGGUUGGUAGCUGAGAAUAGGUUAAUUUAGAUUGAGCUAUCACUUUUUAAAAAUUAUUUCAUUGUUUGAGGAGCAGGUUCAUUUCACUUCUGUUUUAAUGGUUUUAAUUCUUCCCAAAUUUAAUUUUUGGUGUUGCAGUAUUUUAAUUCCCUUUACUUAACUGUUGACUGUGUUUAUUCGAUAUGUCUUUUAUAGCUGAGAGCUGGGGUACUAGUGCUGGUGGAGGUAAAGCCCCUCCUCAAGCAGCAAGAGGUGCUGCGCGAGCACCAGCACGUUCACACCCAUAUCCACGUCCCGCCCAAUCUGGAGGCUACUGACCUGAGAUUUAGUCAUAAUGUCCAUUGAUGUAUUCUUCACUUGGACAACUCUAUGGAGGCAUUAUGUUGUGCUCUAACACUGCCCUGUCAUUGGUUCACAGAAAGAUAUUAUAUUCUCAGUGCUCCUGACAUAACUGAGGUACUGUUGGGAAUACAAGCUUUUUUUUAUAUACUCUUUUUAUAUUUAAAAAGAAGAAAAAAAGUUUUAGCUAUGCCAGUCAGCAAUCUUAAAUCUAUUGUUUAAAAAAAUAGUAGGCAUGUGAACCCAAAAAAAAACAAACUAAUGUACAUAUUUGUUCAUAUUUUGAUUGGGAAUAUUUUUUUUAAGACUUGUAAUUAGUCUUGUUAGUCUUAUGUUGAACCCUAAGUCACCUUUGGAAGUAUCUUUUUAUGAGCAAUUUUUAUUCAUUUUAAUCGCUACCUGACAUUUUAUUGUGGUUAUGAAGGUGCUUCCCAAAUGUCAUGACUGCCGUAACAGUGUGUUAUUUUAAUCAAUUAUGCUAUUUCUCUUAACAAUGAAAAAUUUUAAUGUCCCUAAUUGUUGUAACUUGAUUGUAGUAGGAUGUUAAUUGUUUUAAAAGUUUCAACUCUUGACAAAAUAAUUAAAAAAAUGUUUAAAGUGUCAGAACAAAAUACGCAAACUGUUUUUAUUUCAUUGACUUAAUACUUAAUAUUUAAAGGUGCCAACUUUGCACAAAAUUGUUAAAUAAAUAGGUUAUUAGUUGCCUUAAAUUUCUGCUGGUAAAAAAUGUAAAGAAAACUGCUUUUGUUCUGAAAACUAAAUGUUUUUAGUGCAUAUAAAAUGUAAUCAAUUUAUUUAUUAGUUACAAUAAGGCUAGUUGCAAAUUUUUAAAAGCCCUAUUGACAAUGUUAAUUGGAAAGUUGGCAUCUAUACCGUAGUUAAAAUGUAUUCUAUUUGUAGCCUAUGUCAAUUAUUGAUAUAACUCAAAUAAGUUAUAAAUUUCUAAAUAGAAUGUUGAAUAUAAUAAGCAAAUGUGCUAGUGAAAAAAUGAAUAUAAGAUAUUGUUAUUAAAGCAAUAUUUUCUUGCUGUUUACCUUGAAACUGCAUUUCCAGUCAAGCAUGCCAGGUAAUGGCUAUAAGUUACAGAUCCAAUACAAAAUUAGUUGAGACUAGUAACUCCAAAGAGAAGUUGGAUAUAAUACAUUGUUGUUAUAAAAGGAUAUUGCACACAAACAUAAACAGUAAAUAACUUACUUCAUUCCAGUAUUUGAUCUCUUUUAAAAAAAUGAUAUCCUAACAAAAGUCUAUAAAUAAAUCUUUUUGGGAUUACAAAAGUGUGCAAUUCUGUAGUCAAAAGUUUGAUUCUGACCAAAGAAGUGGAAUAACCAUAUGCUAGAGAAAUAAGUUGGUUUCAUUUGUAUUGAAAGGUCAUUAGCCACUGAAUAAACAUUUUAAAAAUUUAAUGACUUCUUAAAAUAUUUGGAUGCCCAGUUCUUAAUUUCUUUGUUUCAUUUUAAAUCAAUUACCAUGUCUACAAUGUCCAAUUUUAAUAUUUUGAGGUCUGUUUUGACCCAAAUUUAAAACUAAAAAAAAAAAAAAAUAAUAAAAAAAAAUAACCCUACAAAAAAAAAAAAAAAAUUAUUUGGAUGCCCAGUUCUUAAUUUCUUUGUUUCAUUUUAAAUCAAUUACCAUGUCUACAAUGUCCAAUUUUAAUAUUUUGAGGUCUGUUUUGACCCAAAUUUAAAACUAAAAAAAAAAAAAAGAAUAAAAAAAAAUAACCCUACAGACAGUAACAAAUGACUGGUCAGUGGCCACCUUGAAGAGCAGAAUAUACCCCUGAAAUAAAAUGGGCCAUCCUGAUAUGCAGCUUUUAAACUUAAUGGGUAUUAUUUAUGCCCUUUAAUUAAAAGCAAAGGUGAUAUCCUAAAAUGCAGGUAAACAUAAGUUUAAAAAAAUUAAUUCGUGGAAAAGGCAUUUUGAAAUAAAGACUAGGAUUCUUGAAGAAAACUACUCUUGCUGUAGGGGAAACAAAAAGUAACCAUAUAAAAGUAGGCAUUGAAGUUAAAGAAAAUGUAAAAAGUAUGAAAAUUAAUAUCAAAAUGCCUUUUCACUUACGUGUAAUUAAAUUAGUUGGAAGUCCAUAAAAUAUCCCUCUAAAGUAGUUUUAAUUAACAGUUGAUCUUUUAAAAAAUUCUUAAUCUCUUCAGUCCUAAAGAACUAUUAAAAUCACCAAUUGGCCCCAUUUUAAUUAUUAAUAUCCAAAAAGUAUAUUAUUGCAAAAGUAAGUCCAAAUAGGGUUUUUAAAAAUUAUUUAAGAAACUAAAAGUAAUAGACAGUGGGGCCAACAGUAGUAAAUAAAAUGUAAAUGGCUAUAUUAUUUUACCAUAGU